GACGCCACAGCUAAGUACUUAUACGAGAGAGAAAGCCAGUCAGAGCAAAUCCAUGAGAUGAUUCAACUCAAAUCUAUUACAGACACGGUUGCGCAGAGACAGUAAUACACCACGCGUUCUCCACGCCAGUACACGGAGCAACGUGGUCUCACAUCCGAACUAGCAGAAGACAAGAGGCUACAUCCAUAAUCCUUUCUCAUAAACAAAUCCAUUGCUAAACCCUUUUUGUCCCGUCAAACAGAACAAUGUCUAGUUUGAAGAAACGGAAUUCUAACACGUCGGCUGAGGAGGAGAGGGAGGUAACAGAGAAGAUGCUGUCCCCGUCCGAUGGGGAGAACGGGGACACGAACCGACCAAGCGGCGGCACGCCAGGAAGCCCGGGCAAAGCAGGCGGCGAGGAGACCGUUGUCCUUAAGAGGAACAUAACGCUGUUGAACGGUGUGGCUAUUAUCGUGGGCACCAUCAUCGGCUCGGGCAUCUUUGUGACUCCGACUGGAGUGGUGAAGGAAGCAGGUUCCGUUGGACUGUCGCUCAUCAUCUGGACCGUGUGUGGAGUGUUCUCUACUGUCGGUGCCUUGUGUUACGCAGAGCUGGGCACAACCAUCACCAAGUCUGGUGGAGAUUAUGCCUAUAUCCUCGAGGUUUACGGUUCUCUACCGGCUUUCCUGAAACUGUGGAUCGAACUGCUCAUCAUCCGACCCUCCUCGCAGUAUAUCGUGGCAUAUGUCUUCGCCACUUACCUGCUGAAGCCCAUAUUCCCUGUGUGCUCGGUGCCCGAAAACGGAGCGAAGUUGGUUGCUUGUCUGUGCAUACUGUUAUUGACGGCUAUAAACUGCUACAGUGUGAAGGCCGCUACGCGGGUGCAGGACGCCUUCGCCGCCGCCAAGCUGCUCGCCCUCGGCCUCAUCAUCAUCAUCGGCUUCGUGCAGAUCGGCAAAGGUGAUGUUGAAGGUCUGUUGCCUGAGAACUCCUUCAAAGGGUCCAAGUCGGACUUUGGGAACAUCGGGCUGGCCCUGUACAGCGGCCUGUUUGCCUACGGCGGCUGGAAUUAUUUGAAUUUUGUCACGGAAGAAAUGAUCGACCCAUUCAGGAACCUCCCGCUAGCCAUCAUCAUCUCCCUGCCCAUCGUCACCAUCGUCUACGUCCUCACCAACCUGGCCUACUUCACCACCCUGACCACCGAGGAAAUGUUCAACUCUGAGGCAGUCGCUGUGGAUUUUGGGAAUUACCACUUGGGUCCGAUGGCCUGGAUCAUCCCUGUGUUUGUGGGUCUGUCCUGCUUCGGCUCUGUCAAUGGCUCACUCUUCACCUCCUCUAGAUUGUUCUUUGUGGGAUCAAGAGAAGGUCACCUGCCCAGCCUGCUGUCCAUGAUUCACCCGACCCUGCUGACCCCUAUGCCCUCUCUCAUCUUCACUUGCCUCAUGACGCUAAUGUACGCCUUCUCCAAUGACAUCUUCUCCGUCAUCAACUUCUUCAGCUUCUUCAACUGGCUCUGCAUCGCCAUGGCGAUCAUCGGCAUGAUGUGGCUGCGCUACAAGAAGCCUGAGCUGGAGCGGCCGAUCAAGGUGAACAUUCUGCUGCCGGUGUCCUUCGUGCUGGCCUGCCUGUUCCUCAUCGUGGUGUCGGUCUGGAAGACGCCCGUGGAGUGCGCCAUCGGCUUCGGCAUCAUCGCCACGGGCGUGCCCGUCUACUUCAUUGGCGUCUGGUGGCAGAGCAAACCCAAGUGGCUCCUGCAGGCCAUCUUCUCCUCGACGAGCCUGUGCCAGAAGAUGUUGGAAGUGGUGCCGCAGUCCUGAGGGGGCGGCACCACCUGCGCACAAGGACUCACACUGACCAGGACCCCAAACCCCCAAACCUGCAGCUGAAACUGAACAACCCCUCCCCUCUCCUCUUUGCCGUGCCCCGCCCCGAACCCCACCCUAACCCACCCUGUCCUGGGGGAGAGAGAGUGGACCCUGGAGCUCCUCCUCCCUGAUAUAGCUCUUAUGUGGAACUGAGUGUGAUGGUGGGGGGGGGGGGGUUUAAGAGGACAAUUGUAGAUACACAGUAUUGUGAUCAUUUUUGCUUUUUUAUUUAAAAUUUUUAAUUUAUUUUACCAAGAGUUUGAGACCAGUUUUCAUCCAGCACAUCUUUACUGUGGGUAUAAUCCUCUAACGGGUCCAGAGCUAAUAACGGGUCAUUGUACUGAGAUGGACUCUUCUAGAAUAUUCCCUCGGGGCUGUAUCUUUCCCCAUUCAAAUGCCUCUUCCAGUUCUGCCUCACCUAAUCUAUGUGACCAGCACCGGACUUGGGGGGUGGGGGGUGUCAGGUAGUCUUCGGGGGGGGCUCCUCAUCUUAAAGCAGGUUGGGGGUGCCUCACCUCAUUUGACCACUCCCGUUUCUUGGUUCCGUUUUCUAGGCCAAUGAACUGUUGUUGAGUUUUUAAAUUAGCUUUUUGUUUGUUUGUUUGUGUGUUUGUUUGUUUGUUUGGUUUGCUGGUUCUCCCAUCACGGUUAACUGUGUCAGGUUGUCCUUUCUCUCUGCUUCUGUUCAUUCGAGGGGGGUAAAAUAAUUCCUAAAAAUCAACAUGGGGGUGGUAUUACGGUUACCCCUGUACCCACUGAGGUAGGGAGGCAGGGGUGUUUCCAUUCAGCCUAGCGACAUACUGGCUGAAUCUGACAGGACUCCAGAGACACCAGGAAUGUAAACAGGAAGUGUUCCUUUGACCUCUGGUGAGUCAGUGAGGUUUGCCCGUAUUGACACAUCCAGCUCAUCCCCUGAUCUGUGACCCAGUUCUUCUAUGGUAUCGACUUGCUCUCUGUGCCUUGUCUGUACAUAUAGAACUCCUAGUUUCAGGGGUCAGUUUUUUCGAAAUUUUGCGACUUUCUA